CCGAUGACCCUGAUGACGCUCCCUGCUGAACUACAGAUCGCAGUCAUCAGCUUUUUAGGAUUUGCUGACAUACAGCGCCUGCGUCGUGUCUGCAAGUACUGGUACAAUUUCGCAACCCCCCGCCUUGUGCGCAGCAUAUACGGGCCUGACACCUUCCGGGCUAUGCUCAUACAACACUGCUGCAUAUGUCUGACCUAUUGUCCCCAGCAAGUGCACCGUCUCUUCAGCUCGAGGCUGGACGCCGGCUGGCCCCUGUCGUCCCGCUGUGUCAAGUGUACCGUACAGAGCAAAGAUGGGACUAUACGUUUUGGGAAGAGAGUCACCCUGGGCAAUUUUAUCGAAUAUUGGGCCUGUCGAUGGUGCGGCUGGCCUGUCACGAGCGAUGUUUCCACGGGACACGCCCAGUUCCACAGUAGGUGCUAUGAAAAGUACGCCACCGUGCUAUUGGCCUUCUUCUUCCUCGGCUGGGUCCAGUUGAUCAUCGGCGUUGUUGCUGCUGCUCUCGUGUGGCGUUACUUCCCACAUAACACGGCCGUUCUAGUCUCGACCAUUAUUGGAUUCGUAUGGAUGUGGAUA